AAGCCUUUCACUUAGUCAUGAGACGGCAGACGGCAAGUGGGCAAGUGAAACUCGACAAUGUGCGGGCGCAGGCCAUCAGAGAGGAACAUAUUCUGUUGAUAAACAUGUAACAUUGCAGUGCCUGUGAAAAUGUUUAUCAAAUAUUGUGAUGUGGUGCCAAAAUUGAUUAGUUUAGUUUUAUCAGUAGUUCUACUUAAAGAAUGCAAGUGCCUUGUAUUGCGCGCGUAUAUCUCGCAGCACGGACUACACGGCGAGAUAGAGUUCUCCAACAAGAACGACACUCUCAUCAGCAUCCGGACCAACCUGAAGCCCACGCUGCAGCACCCCGAUGGCGUCUGGCGAUGGACUGUGCACGAGUUCCCAGUCGACUACCAGGACCUCUCCGACGAGAGGUGUUCUGAUGCUAGCCUAGGCACAGAACUCAUAGAUCUCACUGAGGAGCUGGGAUACCUGAUAAUACCUGGCAAAGAUCAUGCCGAGUUCGAAAGCAAGAACAGCUUGACCGGUCCUUUAGGCUUGUGGGGGAAGAGUAUAGUGUUGGAGACGGCGGAGAGGGACAGAGUGGUGUGCGCGUCUAUUCUGUCGACGGAGAAACUUUACGAAAAGUAUGCGGAGGCGAGAUUUACGUCUCCAAUCGCCGGGAGCCUCACUUUCCGCUGGCUAUACACGAGGGACUUCGACGAGUCCGACGCGUUCCUUCUCGCGGAUCUGUAUCACACGAAGGCCAAUCAGGACAAGGGGGAGUUCACUCAGCACAAGUGGAAGCUGUUUGUGACGGACAUAUUUGACUCGGACAAAGGCAACUACGAGGACAACUGUAACGUCCUGCAGGCAGUGUUCGACCCCGAGAACAGCGGGGACGGGAUGAGCGUGGGCGACCUGGACUCGCGCUUGGGUCUCAUCCGGGUGGCGACGGACCCGAGCGUGCGCCGGCUGAGGCGGCUUUACAAGGACGAGGUGCUGGGCCUUCUGCGAGCAGACAUGGAGGUGACCCGCCGUAGCCUCUACGUCGUCAUUUACGAUAACCGGCAUGCCGACAGCUUUCUCGCCUGCGCUAAGCUGCGUCCCAGCCAGCCCAAGAAUGCCAAGGCUUUGAUCAACAUGGACGGCAUCCGGGGCACGGUGGACUUCGUGCAGCGGUCACCGUUCGACCCAACAUGGGUGAACUUCCAGCUGGGCGCAGCGGACCAGGAGUACGAGUCCAACCUGCGCUUUGUGGGUGCCAUGCAGCAGUAUAACAUUCGGCAGGUGCCGGCGCGCCUACUCGGCCCCGACCUCGUACACUCCAUGUGCAAUACCACCGGAGAAUUAUACAAUCCCACCGGAAUUAAUCUGAACGAUGUGCCUCCGCCAGGCAUGGGCACGAUGGACCAGUACCCGGUAGGUGCGCUGCUGGGCAAGUACAAGGAGCGCACGGAGUACCUCAACCACCGCUACCUGCUGCCAGGCCUGGCGGACGAGCUGAGCGGCGCCUACUGGGAUGUUUAUCUGCCGCUUUACGGCCGCCACAGCGUUAUGCACAGGCCACUUGUGCUCGAGAGACGUUCGCCAAAGCCGGAGGUGUGCGGUACGCUGCUGUCGUACGAGGAUAACACGGAGUACCAGACGCCGAUGACCUCGGCUCAGGUCAUCUUCCGCUACCCGUUAGUCGGCCGCGUCAUAUUCCGACAGCCGCAGGACAGGCCCUGGGAGGAUACAACCAUCAUCAUCGAAGAUAUGGUACACGCGGACGGUUCGAACGUGAACAACACGUUCGAGCACCGGUGGGCUGUACACGAGCAGCCGCCCGGCAAGGACUACUACAACUGGACGGGCCGCUGCCUCAGCGCCGGCAAGAUGUUCGACCCCGCCGAUCUCGACCUCGACACGCGCCACCCCGACAUCUACUGCCGGCCCGGCCUCGCCCUCUGCAGGAUCGGGGACCUCACAACCAGGCACGGCACGCUGGCGGUGGCGGGCAAGAAGCGUGACAGCGCGCAGUUAACGCGCAAGCUGUUUACGGACACGUCGCUGCCGCUGACGGGCAGGAACUCGGUGCUGCGGAGGUCGCUGGUGAUCUACGACGACCACGGCCCCGUCGCGCGCGGAGAGAGAAUGGCUUGCUCCUUAAUCAACGGGCUGCACCGGCGCAAAGCGGUGGUGCGCGACUGGUUCGGCAACGGGCAGCGCGAGGCGCCCGCCGGCCGUCUGGAGCUGGUGCAGCAGUCCGAGUACGACGUCACCAACGUGCAGGUGCAGCUGUCCGGACUGCGCGACGCGCACAACUACAUGCUGCAUGUGGUGCCGGUGGAAAAGGAGCUGGAGUUUCCGUGCGAGCGGACCACGCUCUACGACGCCUACAAUCCCUUCCACGUCAACAAGUCGCUCAGUCCGCCGCCCAUGAAAGGUACAGCCGACCAGUACGAGCUCGGUGACUUCGGUGACAAGUACGGCUUGUUGGACGACUUCAAGUCGUUCAACGCGGUAUUCAACGAGACGCAGAUGUCGCUAUUCGGUCCCUACAGCAUCCUCGGGCGCUCUGUCGUUAUACACCAAAAUAGCAAGAACCGUCGGUCGGCGUGCUCGAGCAUAGAGCGCGGCUACAGCCCGUCGGAGGCGCGUGAGAUCCGCGGCAUCGCGUCGUUCCACCACCCGGGCGGGUUCGCGCGCGGCUACGUGCGAAUGACGCAGCUCAUUCACAACGACGGCAGCGCCAGCGACACCGUCAUAGAGGUCAACUUGCGCUACCCCGGCGAGCGGGACAGGAACCUGACACACGGGCAUAAGUGGGAGAUCUUCGUGAACCCCGUGGGCGUGGACGCGGCGGUGAAGGUGACGAACACGCGCUGCGUGGCCGGCGGCUACAGGUGGAACCCCUACUUCACGCAGCUCGCAGAUCCUCUUAACCACGACUUGUACGAGGCGGAGUGCGGCGCGGACAACCCGCUACGCUGCGACGUGGGGGACCUCACCGCGCGCCUCGGCACCCUCACAAUAGGAGGCGAGCGGCAGAUGUUCAUGGACAGCAACUUCCCGCUGGAGGGCGCGGUGUCCGCCAUGGGCCGCUCCAUCGUGAUCUUCGGGCCGGAGCGCAGCAGCGAGCGCUUCGCCUGCGCCAACAUCCAGCCCGACAAGGACAUCAUCAAAUACGUCAACAUCAUGAAGCCGCCCCGAUUCGUUCUGGGCGCGUUCCUGGAGGAGAUGCGCGGUGUGAUGGGAGUGCCGGCGUGGAUGGUGGGCGUGGACUCGCGGCGCACACGCGAACUGCAUCACGGCGCCUGCGUCCAAGUCUUGCUGCACUUCACCGGCCCCGACGCCAACAGGCUCGAGCUAGACUUCACCAGAUUGCUGGCGUCGGGACGUCUGGACUCGCCCAGCAUCUUCAUCCCGGGAUACGUGAACAGCAAGCGCAAGCGCACCACCUCGCACCGUCACUGCGGCGUCACAGACCCCAACGAGAGGAAGAGUUAG